GUGGCGUGUGUUGUUUGGAAUAUCAUGAGUCGUAAAUAAAAAUGCAUUUACUGGACAACUAUUUCUUGAUAUAAGUGAAAAUUGUAUGUGUUAAAAUAGUUAUCGAUCAAAAAACCACAAGCGAAAAGCAAGAACUAAACGUGGGAAGUGGAUUUCCUAUCGUAUUUCGUCAUAUGUUGCACGCCUGCCUUGGGGUCUUUUUAUGAGGACAAAAAAUAAUCAGUUAUUCCAAUGCUAAAUUGAUAAUGCAAAAUAGACACAAGCAGUCUUCCGGCACGUUAUUGCGCUUUCUCGUGACAAUGCGGUGCCUUAGUCGUCAAUAUAUCUUCUAAAAUAAUUCUCGUAGUCUAAUACGAUGGUCGUCGAAGCUGUAUGAGAAAAAUAUAAAGAUGAGUCACAAUCUGGCGGGUAUGCCGACGUACAGGCUGCCUGGCCCCGGGCUGGGGCCGCCGGACUUCAAGCCGCCCAUGGAGACCCCCACGCCGCCGGCGCCGGCGCCGAGCAACCCCAAGAAGAGGAGAAAAACAUCCAACGCAAACAAUGCUCUGAGUAACCCGCAGCCUCCUCCCACUGCACAAGACUUACUGCCCCCACCGUUAACCGGGUAUGGGGAUACUAUUGUGGCUUCCAACCCUUUUGAUGAUUCACCGUCGACGGUCUCUCACAAUGGACCCAUGAUGAACCAAAACGGGCCCAUGAUGAGCCAAAAUGGACCCAUGGGAAUGAUGGGGCCGAUGCAUGGCAUGGGAGGGCCACCUAUGAGACACAUGAGCCCCUUGCCGCACAACAUGAGCCCCAUGAAUCAACCGAUGCCCCCGAGAGGAGGAAUAAGUCCCAUGGGUAAUAUGAGCCCAAUGGGUCAUAUGGGAGGAAUGUCGCCCAUGGGCGGUCCGAAUAUGGGCAUGAACAAUCACAGUAUGGGUCCAGGUAUGGGCCCCAAUUCCAGGUCUAUGGGUAGUCCAAUGAGCCCGAUGAAUGCGAUGCCGAUGGGCUCGCCGAUGUCUUCAGGGCCCAUGGGAAGUCCUAUGAACAUGGGAUCGAUGGCAGGAAACCAUAUGAGCAACAGUCCCAUGGGUCCACCCAUGCACAGUCCAUUAGGUGGAAGCUCGAUGAAUGGCCCUAUGAAUGGACCCAUGGGAGGAGGUGGUCCAGGAAUGAAUGUGCCCCGAAUGAAUGGCCCAAUGGGCCCCAGUUGUUCGAAUGGGUCAAUGGGCCCUAACAGCUCAAUAAUGUCACCCAGUCCUAUGCAAAGUGGGGGCAUGGGUCCGGGACACUGUGGACCCAUGAGGCACGGCAGUCCCAUGGGUUCGGGUAUGGGCAGCGGGCCAAUGGGAGGAAAUGGGCCUAUGACGUCGAUGGGCCCCGGGCCCCCGUACUCAGGAAAUCAUAUGGGUCACGGAGGACCAAUGGGGCCUAUGAGUGGUAGUGGCAACAUGGGAAUGGGUCCCGGCCCAGGAAAUAUGGGCAACUGUGGGCCAUUGGCAGGAAUGAGUGGUAUGGCAAUGGGAGGCCCUGGGGGCCAAGGUGUUGGCCCUAUGGGGCAAGGAAUGGGUAUGUUUGGACCCAAACCCAUGCCAGUUACAGCUGGGAAGGUGUAUCCGCCUGAUCAACCGAUGGUGUUCAAUCCACAAAACCCAAAUGCACCUCCCAUAUACCCCUGUGGGGUUUGCCACAAAGAGGUGCAUGACAAUGAUCAAGCGAUCUUGUGUGAGUCUGGAUGCAACUUCUGGUUCCAUAGGGGCUGCACGGGACUCACGGAGCCGGCUUUCCAGCUGCUGACGGCGGAGGUGUACGCCGAAUGGGUUUGUGAUAAGUGCCUACAUUCAAAGAACAUACCCCUCGUGAAGUUCAAACCAUAGCGAUGCGCCAACUCGGAGCUCCUGUCACCCAUAUGAACUGGGCUCAACUAUGUAUCACAUAAUCAUUUGUUUUAGUGUCAUGAGUUUGAUAUUUGACUGCUUAAUUUUACGAAGAUGGAUCUCAUUGAAAACAUUUAAAGGAAACGGUAUUUUUAAUUUGAUUAGGAAACUCGAGAUCAAACCAUGUUCUAAAAUCUUUGACUAGUCCUUAUUUAUUUGUGAGUGAAGGCGUGUGCCUCUAUCGAAACAAUGCUUCUUAUUGUAAGAUUUUCUCAAUUUUGGACUAUACCGCCGUACGAUCGUAUAGGAAAUUGUGUAGGCGUAUUUUUAAAGUGCUUUCGCAUAAUAUCUGCUAAAGCUAUUAUGUGGGAUAUCAUCACAUAGGAAUUUUUGUGCAUUUUAACUUUGAAAUCAAGCAAUAUAGGCCCCUAAAGUCUGGGCGAGAAGUAUGCUGUGUAUAUUGUAAAUAUACCUAGAGUAAUUUAUAGUCUUAAAUUUCCGCCUUAAAGUAAAUGUGGGCUAAGAAGCAGAUUUUAGAUGUUGCAUCUUGUUCUUAUAUUAAAAAUGGCAGGCACAUACUUUUUUUGUGGGAAUCGAAACUUCAUUUUAGAAGUCAACAUUUUAAUUACUAAUUCAUUAGUAAAGAACCAGUGAUCGCUAUACACAGUUAUUCUAUAUAAUUACUUAGGGAUACAUACACAGAUCUGUUUUAUAAUAUAUAAAAAUUAACUAAACAAUAAAAUGAUAGAUUUUUUUGUAAAUAACAAUACAGACAUAAGGUAAAACGAUAAUGAUUAUGUAAAAUAACUGUGAUAGUUCUAAAGGAAAAAUAUAAAGUUUAUUUUUCACAAAAAGUGUAAAAUGAAUAAUUACUAUAAGUCAUAUUGUAUUUUUUAUAUGACCUACAGAGCUAGAUUAAGGUAAGACCGCACUACGCGGCAGCGGUGCGACAUGACGCGACAUGUCAUACGCCACUGCAGUGCUGCGGCGCGUGGUUCCGCUGCCGCGUAGUGCGAAAAACUCGUACAAUUACAUACAAAGAAUGUUUGGCCGCGACGCGUCGCGUCGCAUCGCUGUGUAGUUACGCCUAGUGCGGUCUAGCCUUAAGCAAGCUUGCCUUUACCUCUAAUAUUGCAGCACAUAAUUAACAUAAGAGAUUUACUUUAACGGUAGCUUAAGUGGUGGUUGUGAUGUGUUUGAAGGCAAUCGAGAGCCGCGUGGCUCUAAAAAUGUACUUAUUAUUUGGUGCCCUAGAGUUUGCAUGUAACAUAGUAUGCGUUAUAUUUAAUACGUGUAAAUACGAUGAAUCCAUACGCUUUGUUAAAAAAUAAGAGUUAAGAUGUGUUUUUAAAUUUUUUAACUUUCGAAAGAAUUAAGUGUACAUAGAGUAGACUAUAAUGCACUGAGAUUAAAAUCUGCCACAAAGAAAAAAAACUAUUUAAGUUUAAUUCUCGAGAGGCGAAGAGCAAGAGAUAUAGAAAGGCUCAAUUCUUCCCGAGCGGUGACGCGAACAUCGAAUUCAUUGUGUUACGAAGCGCUGCAUAUUAUUGGCGCGACUUCGUCAAUCGUCGCAGCAAUCGCCUCUCAGUGUUAACUGACUGAACUUUGCCUGUUUAUUAUUGAAGGUUUAACAUAUUGCUAUGGCAAUACAGCCUAGUACUAGUAUGUUAUUCAAAGGAUUUACGUUUCAGUUUCUUACAAUGUGUUAACAGAAUAGACAAUGUAUAGAAAGAAACAUUUAAUUGAAAACUCAAAUUGGCACAACCUAAUUCCACAAUCAAAACUUUUAUGUUCUUCACACACAGUGCCAUCAGCUUAAAGAUGUACUUUUAUUUGUAAUAAUUUAAUAACAUUACUCUAAUACUUAUAUGUAAUUUUAUCGUAUGCUACUUUUCGGUUGUGAAAUAAAAAUUUAAAUGUAAAAUUUUGUAUGCUAACAUUUUUAAAUUAAAUAGAAUGUAGGAUUCCAAGAUCAAUUGAAAUGAGUAAUGACCUGUCUCACAUUGAAAAUUUUUGACGGAGCCGACUUUUGUUAUGAAUUUACAUUUUGUUGAUCAAUUACAAUUUACAGUAAGAGUUUUGCACAUGACGUUAUGACUGUUGCCCCUCUAUUAAUUAAAAAAAACUCCAUGCUGAUACAAAUGCAUGUGGCUAUCACUGUUUAUCAAGUUGCUUUUUUAACGUAACCCUCAAAUAUAGCAAUAUAUGUAUUAUAGUCUGGAGUAAAUAUUUUUAUUAAUAAGGGGUGGUGUUUUGGUAAUAUCACAGUGAAACAACUCUGCUUAGAGCAUCGACAUUAUACUUUGUGCUCAAUCUUCUUAUAAAAAUCAAAGUUUGAAUCUAGCUCUAUCGCUCUGUCUCUUUUAAUCAUCGCGUACGAAGAUUAUUGUUCUCUCUUUCUAUCGCGCAAUUGCGAAAACGAGACGGAAAAAUACUCCUGCACGAAAGAAAGAGGCGAGCAAUGGGAUGUGCUUAUAAUGUGUUGUGUAGUUGACUUACAAGAGGAUAUACAUUAUAAUGUUAUAAUAAUAUUAUGUAUUAAAUAUUAUAUUUUUACAGUAUGAAGAUGUUAAUUUAGUUUACCUGAGCCCACUUUCGCCAAUUAGUUUGAUUGUGUAUAAAUUAUCAUGUUUUCUGUUUCGCUCUAUGUAUGAAAGAGAGGUCAUGUUUUUAAACAAAUGAUUAGACAAUACCCAGACUGGCAAGUGGGUAAUGCAGCAUUGAGAGUAGGUAUAAAACACCAUGACAUUUUAUCGUAAUGUUUAGUGUAUUAACACAUAGUUAUGAACUAUAUUCAUAUGUUUGUAUUACCUAAUUUUAUGUAAGUACAUAUUAAUAUUGUCAUAUUGUCGAAUUGUUACAUGCUGAGGCCUAUGUGCGCUAGUCUGGGUUUUGCCGUGUAAUAAGGGCUAUCUCAAUUAUUAUGAAAGGUAUGGCAUUUUUACAAACGAAUAUUAGCUACUAAUCAGCGCAAUACUGAUUUCAUUUUUAUUAGUAAAAACUCUGCCUGGCGCGCGAGGUCCUCUCACUAUUUUACAGAAAUGUUUUUAAUGAUUUGGCUCGUACAUUUUUAUUUAAUUCCAAUUUAAAAUAAUACUAAAAUAUUUAUUAAUACAAUAAUUAAG